CCGCCACGCGCGCGCCAGCCAUGAGCUCCACGCAGUUCAACAAGGGCCCGUCGUACGGGCUGUCGGCCGAGGUCAAGAACCGGCUCCUGUCCAAGUAUGACCCGCAGAAGGAGGCAGAGCUCUGAAGCUGGAUCGAGGGACUCACCGGCCUCUCCAUCGGCCCCGACUUCCAGAAAGGCCUGAAGGACGGGAUCAUCUUAUGCACACUCAUGAACAAGCUGCAGCCAGGCUCAGUCCCCAAGAUCAACCGCUCCAUGCAGAAGUGGCACCAGCUGGAAAACCUUUCCAACUUCAUCAAGGCCAUGGUCAGCUACGGCAUGAACCCCGUGGACCUGUUCGAGGCCAACGACCUGUUUGAGAGCGGGAACCUGAGGCAGGUGCAGAUGUCUCUUCUGGCCCUGGCGGGGAAGGCCAAGACUAAGGGGCUGCAGAGCGGGGUGGACAUCGGCGUCAAGUACUUGGAGAAGCAGGAGCAGAACUUCGAUGACGCCACCAUGAAGGCCGGCCAGUGUGUCAUCGGGCUGCAGAUGGGCACCAACAAAUGUGCCAGCCAGUCGGGCAUGACCGCGUACGGCACGAGGAGGCAUCUCUACGACCCCAAGAACCACAUCUUGCCCCCCAUGGACCACUCGACCAACAGCUUCCAGAUGGGCACCAACAAGUGUGCCAGCCAGGUGGGCAUGACGACUCCCGGGACGCGGCGGCACAUCUACGACACCAAGCUGGGAACCGACAAGUGUGACAACUCCUCCAUGUCCCUGCAGAUGGGCUACACGCAGGGGGCCAACCAGAGCGGCCAGGUCUUCGGCCUGGGCCGGCAGAUAUACGACCCCAAGUACUGCCCGCAAGGCACAGUGGCCGACGGGGCGCCCUCCGACGCUGGCGACCGCCCCGACCCGCGGGAGGCCCCCGAAUAUCCCCCUUACUACCAGGAGGAGGCGGGCUACUGAGGCUCCCAGCACGCUCUCUCCCCACGCCGUCUCCCCGUCUGGGUUUCUGGGGUUCUCUGUGUUUUCAGCUUUUUUUUUAUUGACCUGUUCAGUGCUGCCAAUCAGCCGAGGGUCUGUGAGUGGCUCCUGGGAUCAGGAGGCAGGGCUUUCUCCCCCUAGCCUUAAUCCUUCACAGGACUGAGCCACCGGGCUGGCGGGGGAAGGGGUCAAGGCCGUAUCCUGAUGCCUGUAGGGUCAG